AUGCCUCCCAAGAAGGAAACCAAGGCCGAGGGUGCUGCCCCCAAGACCUCUUCGCACCCUACCUACCAGGCCAUGAUCACUGAUGCCAUCAUCAACCUCAAGGACCGCAACGGUAGCAGCCGCCCGCAACUCAAGAAGUAUGUCAAGGCCAACAACAAGCUCGGCGAGGUAACGGACAGCAUGUUCGACUCGCUCUUCAACCGUGCCCUCAAGGCCGGUGUCGACAAGGGAGUCUUUGAGCAGCCCAAGGGGCCGUCUGGAGGUACCAAGCUGGCCAAGAAGGCUGCGCCCAAGAAGGAGGCUGCUCCUAAGAAGGUGGCCAAGAAGGAUGAUGCCAAAGCCGCGCCAAAGAAGGCUGCCCCGAAGAAGGCGGCAGCUCCCAAGGAGAAGAAGGAGAAGGACUCCGCUGAGAAGCCUGCUGCCCCCAAGAAGGCGGCCCCCAAGAAGCCUGCUGCGGCCAAGAAGGACGCGGCUCCCAAGGAGAAGAAGGAGCCCAAGGAGAAGAAGCCCGCUGCCGACAAGGCACUCAGCAAGACCAAGACUGGACGUGUUUCCAAGACUGCCGCACCAGCCAAGCCUGCGGCAGUCAAGAAGGCCGCACCGAAGAAGGCAGCAGCAGCUCCGAAGAAGGCUACGCCAAAGAAGACCGAAAAGACCGAGGCGACUGCCGCAUAA